UUGUAAACAAAUAACUAAUUCUGUUGUUUAUUUCCGUUUAGUUUGAAACCCUGAAUGUUUUGUGUACUGGCAAUUGUUGACCCUUGAAAUGUUUGUCUCGCUGUGGUAGGUAUCUAUGGAAGAUGAAGUAAACAAAGCACGGCAAGGAAUAAUACGGGAGAUAGAAAUGUCUGACCUGGACAGAGGCCGGGGAGAGACGAGGCCAAGGAAGUUCUACCAGGACAGGCGCGAGGCGGGGGCGGGCCGGCGGCCCCCCGUCAUCAUAGCCAGGGCGGACAGGGACAGGGACAAGCCCCCGGAGCGCGCGGUGCAGCCCACCAUCAUCCUGCGGCCGCGAGAGGACGCCCCGCGCCCCGCCGUGCUGAGGAAGGAUGCGGAGCCCCAGACGCCCAUGUACCAGCUGGUGUCCAAGCUCUCGCUGGGGGAAACUGCCAACCCGCUGGCGGCGCCCCCGCAGAUGCGUGGCUGCGUCAAGCUGCUGGACGAGUCGCUGCAGUUCUGCGACAGCUGCCUGGAGUACCUGGUCGAUCAGAACGACUUCAUCGUGGUGGGCGUCGUGGGCACGCAGGGAGUGGGCAAGUCCUCGCUCAUGUCGUGGCUGGCCGGGGACUCCCCGGAGGCCCUCCACGCAGAGGACAGGGACGGAGGGGUGUUCCCGCGACAGGGCCCGGAGCAGCACGAGAGCGGGCAGCACUGCACGGUGGGCGUGGACGUGUGCGUGACGCCUGACCGCAUGGUGCUCCUGGACAUGCAGCCCGUGCUGUCACCGGCGGUGGCGGAGCGGCUCGCGCAUGCGGAGGCCAAGAAGUUCUCCGCGCUGGAGUUCACGUCGGCCGAGAGCAGCACGGAGCUGCAGUCCAUGCAGCUGGCAGCCUUCCUGCUGUCUGUGUGCCACGUGGUGGUGCUGGUGCAGGACUGGUUCCUGGACCCCAACGUGCUCAGGUUCCUGCAGUGUGCGGAGAUGCUGAAGCCGGCCACCCCCACCACGUCGCAGGACGAGGAGAUCAUCGAGUACUUCCCCCACGUGCUGUUCCUGCACAACCGGGCCCAGCCCUCGGACUUCAGUCCGCGCCAGGUGCAGCUCAUGCAGAACGUGUACAACCGCGCGUUCCUGCGGUCCCGGGUGCAGAUCCAGAGUGGCAUAGGCAUCGCCAGCGGCAGCGUGAUGGACUGCCUGAACCCCGGCUCGUGCGGCGAGCCCCUGAACCUGUUCCUGCUGCCGGAGGUCACCGGCCAGGGCGGGCCACUUCCGAGGCCAGCCCGGCUGCGCGGAGCUGGUGCGCCGGCUGCGCAGACAGAUCCUGGGCGUGGGCAAGCAGCCGCUCACGCACACCGUGCUCUCGGAGAAGAACUGGUUCCACUACGCCUACAAGGUGUGGGAGAGCGUAAGGAAGAGCUCCUUCUUCUUGGAGUACAGCCGGCUGUUGCCGUGACGACCCUGGUGUGGCUCCGGCGUGGCUCCAGAGAAGUCACCAGCAGUGUGGAUUAUAUACCCUCGUCAAGUGUGAAUAAAUACUGUAUAUCUCACCAUCUUGAUGGAAUAAUUUUCAAUGGCGUUGCUUGUGUAUUGCAUGCACACAUUAUUAAUUAAUGUUUUUAAUUAUGAUAAUUUUUUUUAUUUCUCACAAGCACAUAAGUACAAAACUACUUUUAAAAGCAGAACACAGAUAAUCCCUAAGCUAAUGAGGAAUGUUUCCAGUGUGCAGCGGUGCACGCUGUGCCGUGCUGUGCCGUGCUAGACGAUUAUUGAGAGCUUGUCGCCCGCCACCUAUAGCGUUACUUCGCUAGAAACCUGCAACCAUUUGAAUAUCCACAUCACCAACAGGAACGGAAGUCUGUGAUCUAGGCCACGUUGGUAGCAGUGUGCCACUGGGAAGGGAGGGGGUGACAGCCAUCCAGUGAGCCAGAUGCUGACGUGGAGUGCCGUCUGCUAUGAACAUCUGGUUGCUUUUACACCUGUCCCUUCUAUUCUCUGGGCCCAAAUAAUGAACAUUCAACACAGUGAAAUUUUUUUUUUGUUUUUUUACGUUUCUUUCUAUUUGACAACAUUUUCCUUAGUGACAUGAAAGUUUUAACAAGUGGACCUACUGUACUGUGAUUUCAAAGUUUCCUUUUCAGUUGGACACUCUUGUAUGAUGGUUGUAUGUUAGUUUUAUCAAAAUGAACAUUUCUGAACUGUUUGGAAAAUAACAUUAACACAAAAAAAAACAUUCUAAUGCAUAUUUGGCUGGAGUUGAAGUGACGAGGAAUCGACGUGUUUGCAAACUGAAAGAGGGGGCGGAGCAGCCGUGCGUUCUGCCUCGCCCCUCCACUAGUCAGCACGGCUCAGCCACCCGUGCUUCGAGCACGGCACGGAGGUGCCUGCCACAGGCAACCAAACAAGCACACGACUCUGUAACUUACGUUUUUUAAAUCUUAAAUCUAUAUCUAUUACAAUUCUUAACAUUGAAAUGACAAUCCAGCAGGUACUUACUUCUUUGAUAAUAACAUACAAGUAUGUACAAUUACCAACCUUUACCUGGAGGAUAACUAAUUUAAGCAGGUAGUAAUGAACUUAUGAGCGAGGAAAGAGGCACUGCAAUCCAAGAACGUAGGAAUACCAUAGUCCAUACCUGCCUUUCAAGCCAUUCCCACCUGCGUGUACAUGUGACCACUUUGCGUUAUGUGCAUGAAUGUCUCCCAUGUAUGUGACAGCUGGAUGACUGACAUCCGACAGAGUUUCUCUGGACCGCGGAAACUUUGGAUGUGCCAAUUCUCUGAUUAUGCGCGAUUUAACGAUAACAUUGUCUUUGUUUUCAGCUAGCCCAGAGGUAUAAUUUUUCAGGGUUGUGUUUUUCCAGCCUUUCUUCAGUUUAGAUUCUUAUUCUUUCACUUUACUCCAUGAUUUGCCCAAUGAUUUCAUCUUUGAGAUUAAUUUUCUUCAGACGUUUCACAAUAGUAGGAACACUUUCUAGCUCCUCAAGCUAAGCCUGUGCGGAUACUAAUGUUUCGAUGCGAAGCGAACAACAAAUCAAAGUUUAAAAUAUUCACGAAGUUGAAUUGAAUUGCGAAGAUUGUUCUCUGCAAAGCUGAAUUACACUUAUUUUACAAAAUACAGGAUAAAAGUAAAAAAUAAAUUGUUAAACAUUUGUAAUGUUUGAACUGAUUAACCAAUUAGGGUAUAUUAUACAUAACAUCAUUCAGUAAGUAUCACAAAAUAAUCAAGCAUUCAUAAAAGCAAACGGAGUGCCUCUUUUUUUUUUACGUAACCAACUUUAUUUGAACAAAAUUUAUACAAGAAAAAAAAAUA